AUGGGCUCGCUCGCACCUGAGGAUUCCCCGCGGUCGUCGCAGGACACCUACUACGACCUGGGGACUCUCAGUCGCAAGGUGAGCACGACGUCGGUGGAGGCCCAACGGUGGUUUGAUCGCGGGCUGAUCUGGACCUACUGUUUCAACCACGAUGAAGCCAUUACCUGCUACAAGCAGGCUAUCGCACACGACGACACCUGCGCAAUGGCGUACUGGGGCGUCUCGUUUUGCUCGGGCUCAAAUUACAACAAGACCUGGGCACUUUUCGACAGCGUCGAUCGAGUCAAUGCGAUCAAGAAUUGCUAUGUGUACUCGCAGGCCGCACUAGCACGAGCGCAUUCCGCGACGCAGUGGGAGCAGGCUCUCAUCCACGCACUUGCAAAGCGCUAUCCCAACGACGAUCCCAACCGAGAUUUGGCGGCUUGCAGCAGGGCAUAUGCGGAUGCGAUGCGCGUGGCCCAUCGGACAUUUGGGCAAGUCGAUUUUGAUUUAAUCACGCUCUUCGCCGAUGCGCUGAUGAACUGUGCUCCGCGCAAGCUCUACGAUGCCGCCACGGGGCUCCCAAAUGCGUCGACGCCGGUUUUCGAAGUGAAGGAGUUACUUGAUCAGGCGUUGAAGAUGCCAGGGGUGGAAAAACACCCGGGGCCAGGACACAUGUAUAUCCAUUUGAUGGAAAUGUCUGCCACGCCCGAAGCGGCAUUGCCUGCCGCAGAUAUGAUCCGAGACUUGAUUCCCGAUACUGGCCACACAUACCACAUGCCAGCACAUAUCUACGUGCUGGUGGGCGACUAUCGACGAGCCGUUGAAUAUAAUUGGAAAGCGACCAUUGCCGACGACAAGUACUUCGCCCGCAACGGCGGUCUUACUUUCUACAGCUACUACCGCAUGCACGAUUUUCACUCCCUGAUUUAUGCCGCUAUGCUGGCAGGGAAAUCCAAGGCGGCACUCGAAGCCACAGACCGGAUGGAGGCGGCCAUCACAGAGGAGAUUCUUCGCGUGGAGACCCCCGCGUUCGCCAACUGGAUGGAAUUCUUCAAGGCAGUGCGUGUCCAUGUGUUGAUCCGCUUUGGCAUGUGGGAUGACUUGAAAGCCCUCGAACCACUGGAGGAUCGAGGGCUAUACUGCGUGACCAACGUCAUGCGACAUUAUGGGAAAAGCAUCGCGUAUGCGGCGACGAGUCAGCUACCAGAAGCCGACAGGGAGCGCGAGCGGUUCAAGCAGGCCUCCCAGCUCGUCCCUCCGACACGCCUGGACUUUCCGAAUAAAAUCACCGAUAUCCUCCAUGUAGCGUCGGCCAUGCUGGAUGGUGAAAUCGAAUAUCGGCGUGGGAACUUCGACCGAGCCUUUGCCAGUCUACGAGAAGCCAUUGUUCUGGAGGACGAGCUUCCUUUCGCGGAGCCCUGGGGUUGGAUGCUGCCGGCGCGACACGCCUACGCCGCGCUAUCGCUUGAGCAGGGUCAUGUUGCACAAGCUGCUCAGGCCUAUGCAGAAGACUUGGGACUGUAUCCGACGCCGAAACGUGCGCAUCAACAUCCGAAUAAUGUCUGGGCUCUUCAUGGCUACCACGAAUGUCUUGAGCGAUUGGGACGGGUGGCGGAGGCGAAUAUCAUCCAGCAGCAGUUGAAGCUUGCGCUUGCAGAGGCUGAUGUGGAAAUUACAUCUUCAUGCUUCUGUAGGCUCGGGGUGUUUUUCGAGAAUCGUGAUGGACAGGUCAAUGGGAAUUGCUGUGGCUCUAUAAAGCCAACUCGGAGUAUCCAGGCGGCAAAUGGUAGCAUAGCAUAG